AAUGUACGUUCGACCCAAUUGAUGCUGAAAGCCGUAUCAACCCAUGCACUGCUUUGCCUGUAGAUGUCAACCCCUUAGUGAUAGGCUGCUAUUUCAUCUUUCCUUAUUUGCCUCCAAGACCCACGAAAAACUAUUGCUGUUUUUAUAUCCCUGUUUUUCGGUCCAAAAGCCACUUGUAGAGUGCACUGGCGCUUAUCCAGGCCACUCCCAGGUUGACUCACCCAUACCCUAUGAUGCGAUCUUUUUUCCUUUGCAAUAAGAGCUUCGUAUGUUGUUUUGCGAUCGACUGCGAAUGGAAGUGGGACUUGAUCUACGUUAAGUCUCUUCUUAGGUGGAAACCUUCCCCAUUUUGGAUCAAAUUCAGCUCUUUCACUGCCCGACGUUAUAAGUGUUUCGCGUAAGGUGCUAUGCCACUUCAUCAUCCCUGGCAAAUAAUGCUGUUUUUCUGCAUGUUUUUUCUCUGUACUCUUCAAAGUUUGAUCUUGUACCUUUGAAUGAACUCACUGAUUGCGCUGAAGGGAAGUUUAUUUGACGAUUUUGGAUUCAAAGACUGGUUUAUCUUAUUUGCAUGUAUGUGGAGCCAAGCAAAGGAAGCUUUCAGGCCUUUUGAACGGGCUUCGGCAAACUUCUGAUAAAGGCGGACAUAAAUCUUAUUAUUUUUGUUGGAGGGUCGAUUUUUUGUUAGAGACUUCUUGUAUUCCAAUGCUGCAGAAUCGUCUAUGGUUUCUUGUGACUUGCUGAUGUUGAACUUCUUGGCAACUUGCGUGACACAUUUCUUAUCCUUAUUCAAACUGUUCAAUACGUCCAUCUUGAAUUGAAAUGUGUACGAUUUUCUCUUCAAUGCACCUCUCCCUCCCUUUCCUUUUUUUGUGAAAAGCUGUUUCCAGUUGGUCAUUCUCACCAUCGCUGGUCCUAUAAUUUUCACGUUGCUCAAUUUCAUCUCUCUUCUUCAGCUUCCUUACGCGAUUUGCUUUCAAAGUUACUUCGUUGUGGUGCCAUGUGAUCAAAUCCAAAGGUCUUGCCUUCUUCUUCUGCAAAAAUUCUUUUCGGUUUAUCAAAAUCGUUAUGGUGCCAUGUGACAUGCAUGCAAAAUCCUUGUUGAUUUUAAGACAUUUUUCGCAGAAGUUACAUUUGAUUUUAGAGCCGUUCUCUUCUGUUUUACUCGGCGACAUUGGUAACCAUUGCCCUCGGUGAAGAACUUGUUUUGUGAAACCAAGCGAAAUUAACGUUUUUUGUUUCUUUUCUGCGAUACUUUCACUUCAUGGAAGCACAUUAAGAAACGUAGGAGUGUUAGGAUUUCCAAACAAAACUUGCUUUGGAGGGGUCUUCACAACAAAUUAGACUUGUCUAUGUUUCUACUGUUAAAAAAUUAUGCUAUGUUAUGAAAUGUUCGUGACCUUUUUUAUCACGUAAAGAGAUUCGCUUCCGUUCUGAUGCUGUAUUUAGUGGGAAGUAUCUUUUUAUUCCUUGUGUCUUAAGUUCUAGGCCAAAAGGGCAAUCAUGUUCUUGGAUUUUACAAAAAAUCGAUGUUCUCAGUUUUAUCACGACUUAAUAGUUUCUUAAUUUUUUUACUGUGAGUAGUGAAGUUUCUUAAUUUUUUCUGACUGUCCAGUACUCGUUUCUUGUUGCCAGUUUCUAAUAAAAAAAAUAAGUGCAAACAUAGUUUCUACACAAUACACAAAUUCAGAUUUUUUCCCACUAAUAAGUCAGAUAUUGAAGGGCCAAGCUACAUAUUUGCCGCUGCUAUCAAAUGACGUUUUUUGGGUCGUAUUGUUUUUUCAAAAUUGUUUUCUAUUAUUAUUUGGUAUUUUUGUUAUCUUUCUUGGUUUCUCUAUGAAUUCCAUGGUUGCCAGAAAUGUGGUCGACUUAGCCAACAACUUGACCAGUCUUUGUGAAUGAUUUAAAGAAAGGAGAUGGAAUCACUAGACCAAGGCCAUCAUAUUUCCAGCUAUUUACCCUUGAAACGUCGAACAAAUUUUAGAGGAAUCGUCCACUGCAAGCGCGCCCUAUCGUUGGUGAUUAGCUCAUUGGCCUCUGCGGCUCCGGAUGAAUACAACCUUUUUCCUUGUGGUUCUUUCCUCGUACAAAAUCCUUCCAAUCCGCGGAUUCUGCGAAGAAACAAGGCAAAUAAACCGAAUUUCCGACCACGAGACCUUACGCAAUGUAGUUUAAGCUUUUAUUUUUAUUCCAGUGACAAUGGUGUGGUUUGUGUGGAAACCCGCAAGAGUCAUUGAGGUCAAGGCAUGUGGCCUUCUGCGCUGGCAUGUAGUCGUGGAAUAUGAUGUUUUUGUUUGAUUUGUGAAAUGAUUUGGUGCUUUCCGUGAUAUUUGGUUUGUUUUAUUCGAAUAUUCGUUUCAGAGUAAGCUAUAUUUCAGAUUGCAGUUGAAGCAAUUUGCUACUGUCUCUUUAACGGAAAACAGAUGUGAUUAACAAUUGUUAUUAGCUCCGAACCUGGAAAGCUGCCUUUUUAAGCUUGACCGUCUGGGUUUGGCUUGAAAAUUGCGAAGGUAGUCGUAUCUUGUAAAUGACUGACUAUGGAAAUCUUAAUUCUUGGAAAGAACAAAGGAAAUCACUUCAUUAUAGAAGGGUAAAGACAGUCGUUUCGUCGAUUUAUGGAUGAAAGAAGACAAACAUUGCCUAAUCCGUAAAUUUUCGAGGCGGUGGAACAUUUCUAUUGAUGAUAGGACACCACAGAGGCUCAAUACUUUUGGAAAUGUGCAAACCGAAUUGAGGGAAAUCUAGUAAAGUUCUGUAGCAGUUUCUUCAAGGUUAUUAAGAAAGUUGAAGUGCAUUGAAUGGUAAGUUGGUUGUGGUGUUUUGGAGCAAGAGUUUGGGAAGCCGCAGAACAGCGUGCUUGCUCUAGGAAAAUAUUAAUCUUCUUCAGAGUUGAGCUAUCAAAGAAUGCAGACAAACUCAUGUACUCCUUUUAUCAGUACAUGCUAAUAUGAGUGGGGUCAAAGUGAAACUUGAGCCCCUUGAUUAUGAAAGCUCCCAGUGUACCGUCGUACCUUACAACAAUCCUGCAAAAGAGGCACAGAAGCUAAGUCCUGGAUCACGCCAUUUAAACGCCAACGCAAAUCAAGGUAGAAGAAGCGAACUUGAAAAUUCUAACACAAAUUAUGGACUUUGUCAACAAACUGAACAUUAUUUGCAGCGAUCUUCGGUGAGUGACGAGAUGCCCACGCUAAUUCCAAUUCGUAGCUCUCGUGGUUUGACUAACGGUACGAUCUCGGGUCCGCAAUAUAAACCCGUAACUGGAACGCAGAAACAGCUAACGAACUCUCGUCGUGCAGUUUCGGAUUCUGGUGGAAAUAUAUUUUGCGGAACGGCUGCCCAUGCCGAAGUAUUCGUUGAAUCAAACAGUUCAAUAUCAGUAUCUGAAAUUAAUCGCAAGCUGAAUAUUCUUUUAGCAAAUCAGAACAAAAUUAUGUCACAAAAUGAUCGUAUUUUGAGUCAACUCAGUGCAACAGUAUGUUCCAAUCAACAGCGCGGUUUGUCAGAAGAUGAGCUAUUUUCGUGCAAAGAAAGGGAAGGUAAUGUAAAUAAAGGAGCUGAAUCAAGUGAAGAAAGAGCAGAUAUAAGAGCUGCACGCGUUGAAGCAUCACAUAGAAUGUAUAACAGCGCAAAAGGUGGCAGUAAUUAUCACUCGCGUCCAGCCUCUUAUUCAGACCAAAACCACUUCAACACAAAUUGUGAACUGGACUUAGGCCCACCUCCUAGAAAGUCUCGUAUUGUUUCUGCUACCGAUGGCAGAUCUACCGGCGGCUCACACAGGUCCACGCCCAGGUCACCAUCACGUGAUUUCACGGUUGGUUCAUCAGUUGUAUCUAUGAACUCUUUUCAGGGCAACCAUGCAGGCGCCCAAAUGGUAUCGACUAACAGUGUCCUGCCCUUAUACGCAAAUCAGUGUAAUAUGGCUGUAUAUGUCGUGAGGGGAGGUGACGAACCUAGCCAGAUGACUGUUUUACCAGUUCAAUGCAACCAAAAUAAAUCAGGAUUGUCACAAUCAAACAAGAGCAAUUCGAUACUGUCUGCACAACCAGCAUUGCUGUAUAAUGAAUCAACUCGUCAAUACGAGCCAUCGUAUGUCACUGGCAUAGCACAUCCGGGUCCCGGCAACACUCAACCUGAUCUUGCAUCAGCAUCUCGCGAGGGAAACCCCUCUAACUCAUUGCGGAACACCUCAGAAAGGUCACCUAGCUAUCCUGUAGGAAACAUUCCAAAUGAUUCUAACGUCCACCCCAAUAUAACAAACGUUAUCAGCUUGAGAAAAGGGUCUGUAGAGUCAGCAUCAACAAAUGGAGAAAGGUGUCAAAAUGUCGCUGAAAGCCACCUAGAGGCAGUGGUCUCGUCUGCAGCACAAAUGUCUUCUCCUCCCUCUCCAAUCAUCAUCGAGGAAGACAUAAAACCAAUGGCCUUGCCCUCGCAAGAAGAGCUGCUGCAUUCGCAGUUACGGAGUUUCUCGAUGCGAAAUUACGCUGUCCAGCUUAUGCGUGCAUUGUUUCGGCCACACGAACUGAUGCAUCGAUCGGUUUAUGAGAAUAGCGAGAGAAAAGGCUUGGACAAAAAACGUUUGCAACAGAUAAAGGAGUACGUUUUUCAGAUCUAUCCAACUCCAAAUAAGGAAAAGAGCCUUGCUUGGAUUGAAUGCAUUUCUGCAAUGAACGAGGCUAUUAGAGCUAUGAAGUGAGUUUUCAAAUUUACAAAAACUCAAUAAUAUAAAGAGGUUGUAAACUUGUUGACUUUGUCAGUGAGUUGAUGCAAUCCAUUUCGGCGUUUUAGGGUAAGCAGCUGUAUAGAGACACUGAGUUUAGUUGUCUUGACAUUAGGUUUAGUAGUUGUUUAGAGAGACAUAAAAGUGGUGUAGUAACUGUAUUUUCACGAAUCUGGACAUGUUUUUUGAGAAAGGUCGGUUUUUUAAUUUUGACUUUUUUACAUAAACAUUUUUAUGCAGGGCUUUAUCCGACCAAACAGUUCUUUUCUGCAAGUUCAUUUCAAAGUUUACCUCACUAGUACAUUUUUAUGAAGAUGCAAAGUGUUUUGUGGACGUAACAGUCUAUUGCUCACCUUUCUAGGCCAUUUACAUUAUAGAAAUCAGAUAACGAAAUCUGUGGCACCAAGGGUUCGAUUUCUUCUUCACCGAUUGUAAAUCUACUAAAAUUGUUUCCAUUAGAUAAUUGUAAUCCUAAUUCUUAAAUUUCGUGUUAACAAAACAUUAAAGUGAUAAACAAAGACAUGUUCACUUUCAAUCCUGGCACUAUAUUCUCAUAUAAAGGGCUUCUUAAUUAGACCAAGAUAUAUUUAGAACUUCUACUUAUCUUUUCUGAUAUGAGAGUAAGAUAACUCUAGGAGAAAAAGGAGAGAACUAAGGAGGGCUAAGAGAAUUCUGUAAUCCAGAUGUUGUCAAAUCUUUUAAUAUUAGUCAACAGCUUAUUCGAUCAAGUUACGAAAUAUGGAAAAAUAGUUUCCUUUUUCGUUAAGAUUAAAUGAGUAAAUAUUUUGCAGACGAAUCUUUAAAUUUUUUCUUGGAAACUAUUCAAACAAACAGUUCCAAAACUAACCAUGCUUAUCUCAUGCAUUCAAAAGAAUAUAUUUUCCUGCACACAAAUGACACGAACUUUACGAUUCCCCACCCACAAUAAUAUCACCAUUAAUAUAUAAUAAAGUACGAAUACCAAUAGUCUCCGAACUCCCUUCGCCUAAACUUGAUUAAAAUGCGGCAAAGAUGAAAAAUUGUAGUCGUAUUUAGUCAUAUGUCUCCCGGAGUAGUUAGAUUAGAUGUUGUGGAUGAGAGGUUAAUCUCGCCCCUUCUCUUACCAGCAAUCGAAUUAGAUUGUAGACCCAGUUAAGUUUCACGUAGACUUGUUACUCUUUAGAAUUCACUCUUCUUAUCCAAAAUACUUUCUCCGUCAAUUCUGUAUUAAUCUGUUACUCAUCAAUUUGAGACAAUUUUCGUAAGAAGUGCUUUUUAAAAGAUGUUUAUUUAAGAAGAGUGAUUCUGUGUUACUUUUAUAGUUUCUCUUAUUCUGCUAAAAUAAAGUUGCAUUAAAGUCAAAGCUGUUAAAAUAAAGGUGUCAAGAGCUCUAAAAAUGUCUGCGAUAGUGUUACGUCAUGUUGUUGUCUUAUCAAAGCCAGAAACAGCCAGAGUCAUGCUUUCUGGAACUGGUCAGUGACGUCUCGCUUGACGCUAUCGGCCAUUCUUACGGCUCUUCCUUCUACAUACAAACCAGCCUUCAACGACGCCUCUUGCUCAAAGAAACAUCUGUUCUUUAUUGAUCGAAUUCCUUCGUUUUCUAUAAUAAUUGUUCGGUUUUUAGGCAAAAUUAAAAAAUGUACGCGAUAUUCAAGCGAUCUUUUAAUCCAUUCUUUUUUGUGCGAUCCGAAACCACAUUUCAUGCUAGAUUACUGGAGUACAUUGAGUUGCGUCCUUAAGAAUGAAUGCAAAAGAGGUUACAUUAAGGCCAACCAAUGCCAAGCCUCGAGGUUUAUGGAACGACACACCAGUCAAUCCUUGUUACGUAGCUGUAAUAAUGGUGAUAUUUUUUUAGUUGAAGCCAGUUGAAACAGCAAUGGUCGAUCAGUUGCUUUCCGUUGUCUUAUAACCACUUAUUUAGACAAGAAUAAAUGGUUUGAAUAUAGGUUACCUUGAUCGUUUCAUGCGAUUGGUCAUAAAGCAUCUUAGAAGAACAAAAAGUGUAGCUUGUAACAAUGUGACGGCCUUCUUCCGACUUAAGGCCCAGCUCAUACAUCGAAUUAAUAGCUUUUCUAAUUAGAAUUAAAUGUGGUGUUUACUUGGUUAAAAAUUGAGUCUAGGCUCAAGCGUCGAUUUUAAUUCUGUGGAUAAUAAGUUUUGCUGCCGCUUCUCUUUUUGGCGGGAAAGUUAAUUCCACAAUUCAAAAUGGCGCCUUCCACACAAAUAAUCAAAGUUUAUAUCUUGAGCAUGCUAUCGUUCGCAUUGGCACCAAAGUAGUGUUGCCAAACAAUUUAACUGACCACAUUCUAGGAAAUUAGUUUCGAUUUAGUAUAAAUAUGAAUCAACACCGUUGUAUUCGAGUAACUGCAUCAAGAGUUGCAGUAGUUGAAAGAUUUUGACUGUAUGAUAUCGCUUGUGUCACGCUCGCUGUAGCAACUCACAACAUCCUGAAGGGUCUACAAAAGACAGGCUAACUGGAAUCUUCGCCAGGAUUUUUUGUUCAUUCUGUGGAGGAAUAGAAGAGACGCCUUGACUGCCUCUGCCAUUUCCUUACAGCUUUUCUGCCGCCAUAAUGCAUUUGCAUCGAUCCCUAAGAUCAAUUUUUUUAAUUAUUUGUUUUCUUCUCUUUUUAAUGCUGUUCCCGAUUGAGAAAAUUUAGACUUUGAGCCUCCAUGAUCGCUGAAAAUGCAUUUCUUGGUUUAAUCUUAACAAUUCAAUCAAUAGCUAUUACCAAUUGGAUGAUCUUGUCACGAGUAGAAAAUAGAUUUAAAAGAAUCAUACACCAUAGAAUGCAGCUUUUCCCUUCGUGUAAUAACCCAGACGCUGGUAAUCGACUCCAGUCCUGGAAUAUUAAAAGGAUAUCGGGAGGAUCUAGACCUCAUAAAAACCAACUGUGGUUUCUUAUAAGCCUACAAACCGUUAAGUACUUAUAAUUAAAUAGUAGAAAUUCUCGGUUAUUUUAUAAAAGUAACCAUGAAAUAAGGAAGUUGCAUUUUGGUGUGAUAAGCUAAGGUACCUCAUGGCUGGGAUUUAAUUAUCACCAAAACUGUUUUCUGCAAACCCCCCUUGCUAAUUAUGAAUGUGCGAGUGCAUAAUUUGUCCACUUCAAGUUAGAAGAGGGCAAAUAAAGUAUGAUAUCUUGUUGUGUCUGUCUUCCUUCGGGAAAACUGUAGGCCUUAGCCCCCAGAAAUACCUGAGUUUCCGUCACUUACGUUGAAAGUAUGUCUUAAGCUUUAACUCUCAUAACUGUUCCGAUAACUUUCGAUUAAUAUUUCAGCCAAGUUUAUGCCUGAAAUUAGCUUGAAUAUCCCCACUGUCUCUCUUUUAGAUGCUUUUUUAAAUUACCAAUUGCCCCUUGUGUAGA